AUGAAUGUGAUGCGUAGAUUGACGAGUAUGGCUUCUGGACGUAGUUUCGGCACCUCUAAUAACGUAGGAGAAGACGAGACGCCAAGAUCGAAGAAGCCUAACAAAACUCGUGAAGAUAUAGAGUCUACGGAAACGGCUACGUACGAGAGAGGUUCUACUUGUUUAGGAGAUGAUAAGACACGAGAAGAAUCUGUCUCUACGACAGAGAGUUCUCAUUCAUUACCAAAAGACAUGGCAAGCGGUGUUGAUGACAAGGAUUUGGACAGUGGAAUCAUCAAAGGAAAUGGGACAGAAUCUGGUCGGAUUAUUACCACCACAAAGAAGGGUCUGAAUGAUCAAAGAGACAAGACAAUCUCGUACAAAGCUGAAAAUGUAAUUGGCACAGGCUCAUUCGGUGUUGUCUUUCAGGCUAAGUGCUUAGAGACAGAAGAACAAGUAGCAAUCAAGAAAGUGUUACAAGACAAGAGAUACAAAAACAGAGAGCUUCAGAUAAUGCGAAUACUCGAGCAUCCUAACGUCGUUGAGCUUAAGCAUUCUUUCUUCUCCACCACUGACAAAGACGAGCUUUAUCUUAACCUUGUUCUUGAGUAUGUACCAGAGACUAUAUACCGUGCAUCAAGAUCUUACACCAAGAUGAAUCAGCAAAUGCCCUUGAUUUAUAUUCAGCUUUACACAUAUCAAAUUUUCCGCGCAGUGAACUAUCUGCAUCGAGCUGUUGGAGUGUGUCACCGUGACAUUAAACCGCAAAAUCUAUUAGUCAAUAAUGUUACACAUGAGGUAAAGAUAUGCGACUUUGGGAGCGCGAAAAUACUGAUUCCUGGAGAACCCAAUAUAUCAUACAUAUGCUCAAGGUAUUACAGAGCUCCAGAACUCAUCUUUGGAGCAACUGAGUACACAACCGCUAUAGAUAUGUGGUCUGUAGGCUGUGUUAUGGCUGAACUUUUUCUUGGACAUCCUCUGUUCCCUGGAGAGACUAGUGUUGAUCAAUUGGUGGAGAUAAUUAAGAUUUUGGGGACACCAUCUAGAGAAGAGAUAAAGAACAUGAACCCUCGUUACAAUGAUUUCAAGUUCCCUCAAAUAAAACCUCAACCAUGGCACAAGAUUUUUAGGAGACAGGUGCCUCCUGAAGCAUUGGAUCUUGGCUCUAGACUCCUCCAGUAUUCACCAAACUUGAGAUGCUCAGCGGUAAGAGAGAACAAUCCCCAUUUGAUUUCUGACUUAGUUUCUAGCAUUACAUCAUUAAAAUGGCUGCUUUUGUUUCAGCUUGAAGCAUGUGCACACCCGUUCUUUGAUGCUCUGAGAGACCCCAACACAUCCUUGCCUAAUGGAAGAGCACUUCCUCCAUUGUUUGAUUUCACAGCUCAAGAAUUGGCUGGUGCAUCUGUUGAAUUGCGUCAUCGUUUAAUCCCUGAGCAUGCAAGGAAAUGA